AUGGAGAUUAAAGUGUUAUUAAGUGUCUUAUAUCUGUGCCUUACAACGUCGCCGGUUAAGGGCGAUCUGUUCACAAAGGCUACGAGGAGCAAAGCCCUGGAAGCGGAGAAGGACGUGAGGAACAGUGUGUUUGACUUCAUCAUCGUGGGAGGAGGGACCGCGGGCUGUGUGCUCGCCAACAGACUCUCUGCCAACCCAGAGUGGAAGGUUCUAGUGCUCGAAGCUGGUGAAGAAGAAAACAUUGACUAUGACAUACCCGGCGUACCUACACAGGAGUUUAGGCCCAUUCUGUGGAACUAUAGAACUGAGAGAAACGGGUUUUCUUGUCUAUCAAGACCUGGAGGCAGUUGUGAGGUGAAAUCUGGCAAGGUUUUAGGAGGAUCCAGUGUAGUGAAUGAUAUGAAGUAUACCAGAGGGUCCAAGAAAGAUUUUGAUGCGUGGCACAGCAAUGGGGAAAUUGGUUCCCUUGAAUGGAAGUUUGAGAAUCUGGUAGAGCAUUUCAAAACCUCUGAAGACAAUGGUGAUUAUGAUAUACUCAUGAAUUCAUUUUAUCAUUCCCGAGGAGGGGAAAUGCAUGUCCAAAGAUUUAAAUACAUGGACCGUCAUAUGGAGCAAUUUCUAGGAGCAUUUGCAGAAAUGGGCUUCCGUUCGAUUGACAUUAACACGAACGUUCCAGAAGCAGCUGUUAACAAUCAAUUUGUCAUAUCCAAUAAUACAAGAUUAAGUACAAAUACUGCUUUCCUUAAACCAGUUAGACAUAGAAAAAAUUUGGUAGUGAGGACUGGAGCCACAGUAACAAAACUGAUUGUUGAUAACGAAGAAAAAGCUGUAGAUGGAGUUUUAUUUGAAGUUGAAAAAGGUAAAGAGCAACUAGCGUAUGCAAAGAAAGAAACAAUUUUAACUGCAGGUGCUAUUAAUAAUGUGAGAUUAUUACACCUAUCGGGGAUAGGACCAAAGGAGGAACUAUCAAAACACAAUAUUUCUGAAUUCAUUAAUCUCCCGGUUGGUGCUAAUUACCAAGAUCAAGUCACAACAGGUGGUUUAGCUUUUUCUCUAGGUGAAAUUGCUAUUGAUGAAAAUCAAAUAAUAGAAGAUUUUAAGACGUGGUUUCAAAAUCGGGGUGGGCCAUUGGCCUCAAAAGGAAUUAAUCAAAUAUCUGCAUUCAUUCAACUAUUUGAAAAUAAAAACGGUCCCAAUGUGGAAUUAGCCUUGGCAGGUAAUUAUAUUAGGAGUGACAAGUUUAUGCUUACAAACGUAAGUGUACACACAGCAGAAGAGUCUAGCUUACCACUGCCGUACUAUAAUUUAGUAAAUAUUAAUCCGGUGCUACUAAAACCAAAAAGUAAAGGAAAAGUGACAUUAAAUAAAAGAAAUCCCAAAUAUGGUCGACCUGUAAUUCAAGCCAAUCUUUUAAAGGAGCCCGAAGACUUAGAUGCAUUAGUUGACAGUGUAGAUAUCGCAUUGCAGUUGCUUAAUACAAAAGAACUCAAAAAAGCUGAAAUAAAAUUAGCUCUACUCGAUUUGUUUCCUUGCGACCGAUUGCAAAAUAGAGAUCAAUGGAAUUGUAUAGCAAGACAUUAUACUAAAGCCUUAGGAAAUCCCAUAGGAACGUGUCGUAUGGGCGGAAAUAGGACAAAUUCAGUGGUUAAUUAUGAUCUAAAAGUUCAUGGUAUUGAAAGACUAAGGAUAGUAGAUGCAUCAGUGAUGCCGACACAUGUACGAGGUAGCAUAUUUGCCCCUACAGUAAUGAUUGCAGAAAAGGGCAGUAGAUUAAUAAACAAAGACUGGAAAGAAAAUAAAGGGAAUUUUCUGAGAAGGCGGUAA